AUGGAACAAUUGACUCCUCCGCACGACUUCGGUAUGGCAGAUGCUCACCACCAGGGCUGGCCGACUUCAUUCCGUCUCACCCAUUGUUCCAAGGAAGGACGAAUGACGCCGCCUUCUUCCCCCACCCAGCCCUCACGGAACGGGUCCAAAUUGCAACUGUCGGAGCUGCUUCGUCGGUCAAAACUUAUCAAAUCGAAGCAAAGUGGAUUGCCCCAAGACGAGAUUCGAACACGCCCAUCAGCGAACAACAUGAAGGGCCCUUUCCCGCUAACUCUUCCCGCGCUUUCCUCGAUCGUCGCGGACAGCUCUUCGAAUGUUGGCCCUCCUUAUGCGGAACUUCGCAGAAUGUCCGCCAGCUACAACAACCUCCGUGUUCUGGCCCAGCAUCGACCAGUUUCGAGUCCAGUCAUCCCUUUGUUUCCAAGCCCUAUCGCACGAGACUCUCCUCGUGAAUCUGAAUCGUACUUUAAAUUUCACAAUCCUCGUCAUCGACCUCAUACCGCGAGCUCUAACGACAGCUCUGUAGAUAGUUUCAACAUUCUGUCGUACUAUUGCGACGACCCCACUGAUAGUCUCUGGCAGCCGGAAGACGAAUCUCCAAUGGAGCAUUCCUCCUGCAGGGAAGCACUCGAGGACGACAACCAGAGUACGGCAUCAGAGUCUAUGCCGGCAACGCCGCUUCAGCAAGAAUAUCAGCCCACCUUCUGCACGGACGAAUCUGACUGGCUUGCUAACACCACUUCGCGCGACCAGAGGAUGCGUCGGUUCAAGUCCCGAUACUACCAAAUUGUCCAGCAACCCUGGAAAGAGAUCCACUCGGAAUGCGGCGAGAACAAAGUAAUGAUCGCUACGGUCCUAGUAGGGCCUGGCAAACCAAAGUUGGUCCAUAUCCACCGUCCCCCCUCGAAGUCUGGGACGGAUUCGUCUGUGGAAAGUCUCCAUACUCCUUCGACCCCGAAGAGAGUACCCUUGGAGGUGUCUGCCUUCAGUCCGUUCGACACACCUUCCGAACUUCCUCCUCGCGUUGACUCCAUUAUCUCCCGUGGCACGUCCACCGCGAUUCAAGAACUGGCAACUAGUUUCCUGCCACAACCGCUCGCUCUCCUCCGGCGCAGCCGGUCCAGCCGUUCUGAAAACAUUUUCGGUACCUGGCAGCGGUUUCAAGAUCUCGCGGAUCCCUUCGAGACCUCACCGAGGAGAACCCGAAGCAAUCAAUCUUUCCGCGCAACUGAAAAGAGAUGGGCAAUCCGAGGCACAGCAAACAUUGACACGCAGGUUCUUCGAGAACCGUCACCCAUAACCAGAAGUGCAACGUGGUCACGCUGCAGGAAAUCGGAGAGGACGUUGAACGCAGUCACCAGAGCCAUUGAUCAAUUUCCGGACAACAUGCUUCAGCUGGAUUCGCCCGCUGUCCUUGAGCUCAGGAAUCCUCAGAUUUCCGACCGGACGUACACCAUGGCCUUGCAGCGGGUAUUUCCUGCCGCAGCGCCGGUCCUCAUUUCAGCCCUCACCGCCUGGAUCAUCGUCGACUUGUACUUUUCUCGGUUGAGGGAUCAGCCUUUGCCAAUGGAGCGAUAUUUAGGCCAAGCGGCUGCGCCACAGGAAAGUCUUCAUCGGAUUCCGAACAAGGCGAGGGAGAUGUUGGGCAUUGGUCUUCCUGAUGCAGCCUCGAUAUAUCUUAAUGAUUAUGCCCUGAGAAGGAGAGCAUCGGCAAUAGAAGCGAGUAUUCGGGUCGUUGGACAGCGACUAGUGGAGGCGCUUCGAGGCUCGUGGGAUGAAGAUAUCUGGCGGUCGCUGAGGGUUUUGGUGGAGGUGAUAGAAUGCAGCCCGCAGCGGUGGGCGUGA